AUGACAAGAAAAAAGGUUAAACGUGUCAAAAUAGCCAACGAGAGUAAAAGAAACUGUGUCCUAAGAAAUAGGACAGAAGGUUUACUCAAGAAAGCAAGCGAGCUUUCUAUCUUGUCUGAUUCUGAUAUAGGUAUAGUUAUUCAUAAACCAGGACAAAACAACUUCACCUUAUGGCCAUCUCCAGAUGAUUUUAGAGCAAGGCUUUCCAAAUUUUUCGACUUUCCAGAAAUGGAAAGAGAGAGAAAAUUUGUUAAGCAUGACAAAUACUUGAUAAAGAUUGUUGAAGAAGAGACGCAAAAAUUGAGAAAUAUUGGAAGGAGGAGUGAUCUAAGAGAGUACGAAAAUUUGACGAACGGGCUUAUUGAAGGUAAAAGCAUUUAUGAACUUGACUUGAAUCAAAUGAACGUUUUGUGCUCAAUAGCAGAAGAAAAGGUGAAAGAGCUCCAGAAGAGGAAAGAAGAAUUUAAUGACCAAGAUGUGCCAAUUUUGAGCCUGGCUCCUCCGGUCCCCUCGGUAGAAGUCAUUGAAGCUAAAGUCCCUGUAAAGAUUGCAGAAACUGCAGAUCCAACCCUGAUCGAGAAUUUGAGGACAGAUCCAUGGUUCAUCGAAACCAUGUUUGAUGGCCAAAUAAAUCGUAAUUUUUCCAGGGAGUAA